GCAGCAUUUUUUGCAUCUAUUCAAGAUGGUCGUAUUUUGCCACUUCAAAAAUACCUUGUCAGAGCUGAAAAUAUUGCAUAUAACGAUGUUGCUGGCGAUAUCUAUAUAAAGCAGUCGAAUCUUGUGUGUGAGGCACAGGUGAGCCGGAGCGGAUAUACAGAGUGCAGAAUGCAGUGUAACUAGAUGCAUGAGUUGUGCUCGAUGCUUGGUACUAUAAACGUAUUGGUAGAGUGCAGAAGGCAGCAUGUGCCUCCUGAAGCAGAACAUCGAAAAGGACCGCUCGGGCACAGUGCGGCUAAUUCCCGAGCAGCCCGAGGACAUGUGGCAUCUCUACAACCUGAUUCAAAAGGGCGACCAGCUGACAGCGACCUCAGUGCGCGGGGUCAAGACCGAGACCUCGACCGGCUCAGUGUCGACAGACCGCGUGCACGUAAAGCUGACAAUAUCGAUCGAGGACAUAUUCUUUGACAACAAGUACGUUGGCCUCGGGCAGUACCACACAUUGGACGUGGAGAUGAACCAGCAGUUCACGCUGGCAAAGGGCGAGUGGGAUAUGAUUUCCCUGGAGCGAAUCAAGGACGCCUGCGAUAUCACAAAGCAGGCCGAUGUGGCGGUGGUGACGAUGGAGGAAGGGCUGGCGGUGGUGUGCCUGCUGACGCAAUAUAUGACGGUUGUCAGGCAGAGGGUGGAGGUGGCGAUUCCGCGCAAGCGUAAAGGGUCGACGACCAACUACGAGAAGGGCGUGGUGCGGUUCUACGAGAACGUGUACCGGGCAAUCAAGCAGCACAUUGACUUUAGCGUGGUCAAGGUGGUGGUUAUUGGCAGUCCCGGGUUCGCAGUCAAAACCGACGACAAGGUGAUCAUGGAAAACAAGAAGAAGUUCCUGCUGGUACACACGUCGUCGGGCCACAAGGGCGCGGCAGCGCAGGAGGUCAAGGCGCUGGACAGCUUCUACCAGAUGCUGAACAACGACCCGGACCGGGCGUUCUACGGGUACGACGAUGUAUGCAAGGCAGCAGAGAACGGCGCCAUUGGCACACUGCUGGUCACCGAUGAGCUGUUCCGGGCAGCAGGAUAUCCCGACGCGCCGAAAGAUGCAAGGUUGUCGAACGCCAACGUGCUGGUGUUCUCCAGCUUGCACGUGUCGGGCGAGCAGCUGAACCAGCUGACGGGAGUAGCAGCGAUCCUGAACUUCCCGCUCAUCAUCGACUCGGACAUCGAUGAGUAGCUGUUUUCAUAGAUUUUCAUUGAGACCAAAACAAAUGCACUCUUACUCGCGCUCUUCG